AAAAAAAUUGUUCCUCUGCGCCACCCUACUCCUGAUUUGAACACGCGGUCUUCUUCCUACGCCUCCAACAUCGCCCAAUUGGAAGCUACUGCUGAGAAGCUUUCCAUGACCUCGUCGAUCGAAGACGCAAUUCGAGAUCUGCAUGAGGAACAAAAGCGAAACGACAGUCGAAGAUCAUCGAUCCUAGCUGCAAGCAUAGGCUCUAUACCCGAAAACGACGAGCCCUUGUCCUUUCCCGUUAUCAAGCCGCUCAUGUCACCAGAUAACUCUGCGCUGUCAAACAUAACCCGAGUGAGAUCUGGUUCGGGACCAUUUUCACGACCUGAAGUUGAGGCUGGGAAUGUUAUGUCAAGACAUGGUCCAGGAAAGAGUUCUGUACGAAGCGUAAGGUCUGCCUCCAAGCCGACCUUGACUGAUAUUGCUGAGUUGGAACCAACCACACUUACUCCGGCAGCUAUGGACGAGGCGGACAAAUUAGCCGAGGAUCCAGGAGUGGAGGAAAUGCUGCGAAUACCAGAGCUGGAAGACAUCGAUCUGACGCCCAAUGCAGAACAGUACGGCGCGUCAAAUAACCAUGAUUACUGGGGCCAACCCAUCGCUGAGAAUCGGGCAAGUCAUGUGCCUAAUAUCUACGAUAACAGAUCUCGGGCUGGAUCUACUGCAACCUAUGACCAGGCAGAGGGAGCUUUUGCCGAUUUCGAUGGAGCUCAUUGUCCCUCUGAUAUUGAUCUAGAGGAUUCCUUGUUUAUGUCCUCAUUAUCUAACGGGCCCGUGGUGGAUAUGCCCUUCCUACGACCGUUCGACCGGGAUCUGGCCAAGAACGAAGAGGAACCAAACCCAUCCAGGCCGGUUAUAUCGCGACCGAUUGGUCCACCAACUGUCAGACCAAAGUCAUAUAUGGACCCAGAAAGUGGUAACACCAUGAUGUACUACCCGGCACGUGUUCCACUGAUGCUCAACCUACCACAGAAGCUAUCCAAAAAACCAAAAGCCGAGGUCCGAAAUGCUCGCAGAUCACAGAUUUUGAGCAAGAUGUCGGAACCUAAUCGUGAACCUGGUGCUCCUUGGUUACCAGAAAUGCCAUUCGAAACUCUAGGCUCCGAACCUACGCCAGCAUCCGCGCCACUCGCCGGUCCUGAUGCAGACGCGCAAAUGACACCAGCUUCAGGCAACCAACGUGAAAUCCAGCCGGGGCAAAAUGAAGGAGCCGGAAACAAUGAAGCACACGUGACCACUGUUGAGUCUGAUAAACGGAAAUCAAAACUUGACGGUUUACCGCCGCAACUUCGUGCCAGCGUUUUCUUCGAUCUACCAGCCUCCGAAGUCCCGGCUAUCCAACUCAAAGACGGUUCCGCAAUGGCAACGCUGGACAGUAUUCUGGACGCGUCUGCUAAAGCCCCUGUAUCUGCUUUUACCGACCACGCUUUCGCGGGGUCACUGGGGUCGGAGGUUUACGGAGCUGGGAAGAAACGAAAAUCUCACUUGAAAGUUGCUAGCGCUACCGAUUUACUAGAACCCAAGAAACGCAGCUCUUUCCUACACCUCCGGAAACCAAGUGCCCUCAGCCGACAUUCUGACACUCAGGAAGAGCGAAGGAAUACUAUUGCGGGAGGAACACGAAUGGAUGAAAGGUUAGGAGAUGCAAACGGGGAAGAUGAGGAGAGACAGCGGCUAUCCGGUUCUAUCGACGGCCGAACCCCUGAACAAGAGGAAGGGGAAGACAGUGAGGAAGAGCCCCUCUACAAUGGACCUCCAACGACUUUAUUAGCCGAGCUCCAGAUCCGAAAGCAGCAACAUAAGCUUCGCACACGGCCGAUUACUAGCGCUUUCCCUAACGGCAUGCACUCUACCCUUCUUGAAAUGGACACAGUUGCCCAGAUUGAACAUAAAAAUCGUAAAGGCAGAAAGAUCAAUCUCGCUUGGGAGGAUCCAAAUCUCGAUGCAGCUGACAACUCGGAAGACGAUGAUACGCCGCUCGGCUUGCUUAUGGUGGCUAAGGGCCAAGGCAAUGAUAUGAUAGCUGCUUUGGCCGAGAUCAACCGACCACCUGGCUUGAUGGAAAGGCGUGAAAUGGAGGAUAAUGAGCCCCUAAGCCGAAGGCGGGACCGACUUCAAGGAAGGGAGGUUGGUCCAGUCAAACGACAGAGUAUGAUGACGCUUGGCCACAAUCUCCAUAAUCCGAAUGGCAUGAAUGGCAACCUAAGGCCCCCAAGCCCGCAACUCCAGGUCCAUGGUCCCGAAGAGGAAGAAAUUGAAGGCGAAACUCUUGGAGAGCGUAUGCGGCGCUUGAAGGCUCGUGAGCAGGCCGAUAAUCUUCUACCUCAGGCUAGACCUGUCAGCUCCUCAUUCUCUGCCGAACUCCUUGGCCAGAUCAGUGAUGCUUUUAAGGCAGAUGACAGCGGUGGCAAGGAAGAUAAUCGAAAAGUUAAGCCGAAAGAGGAAGAAGAGACAUUGGGCCAACGACGUCGUCGCUUACAGGCUGAACGUGAGGCCCAUGAACAUAGCAUGGCUGGCAUAAUACCGUCAGGAGAACUCGGCAACGAUACGGCCAAGGUCAAGAAGCGUCGAUCACUUGCAGAUGUGCUGGGUGCGCAUGGAUCGAAAGCUGUGUUGAGCGACCCCAGAGUAGAAGCCGAACGAGCAAAGCAGGAGGAGGGGGCCCGAUAUAGGCAGGAUCAAGAUCAGAAGAUAGCCGCACUUCGCAGUCAGAUACCUUCUAGCAUUAGCACACCAAACUUGAAUCGAGCCGGCGGUUUUAUGGCUGGCCGAUUUAACGAUGGUACUGGCGGGAGUGGCCAACGAACCAGCACAGCUUUGGGGGCAAAUGGUGGAGUGGGAGGAACCGCCUACCCCAUUGCUAGUGGUCCAGGAGGCACGAUGCCUUAUGAAGGACAACCACAACAGCCAGGACAUAUGGAUAGGGUGGAGCGAUGGAGACAGAGUAUCCUGCCAUAAAGGUUAUUCUGCCCGGGCUCUACGGGCGUCAAACACGCACCCCGCGAGAAUUUAAUAUACGUGCGAAGUAAAGAAAGCCCGGUUUCCAAGUAGUAUACAUUUCCUAAGCAUCGCGUGUGGCGUUUUCAACUGGGAUCGGGGGUACCUUUUUUUUUUUGUCACUACUCUCUGUUGGAUUUUGCAUGGUCGGAUUACAAAGGCAGCAUUGGAGUUCAAAAGAAGUAUAUGAAGCACAUAUACGUACCUACUUAUAUACAUAUUUACAUUAGGUCGACUUGUAACUACCUAGGUAGCAUUAAUUGCGUGGUAUAAGGGGGGCGGGUUUUGUCUGUUUGGACGACCGUGGUAGGUGGGCACCAAAAGACGGUAAUAGGGAAAUUCUGUAUUAUCAACCGCAUGGAUGAAAUAUAAAUCUAGAGGUCCAUAAGAAUGUUUGAUGAUGGAGUUAUGACGGAGCUUUGAUGAACAGCUUUGUUCUCGUUUAUGAUCCCAUGCUCCGAGCAACCAAGCUCAUCUCGAGGACGGGGCGAGACGUGCGGUACAGCUAUGUUAGUUAGUAGGUAUGAAGCCG